AUGGAAAAAGAAAAAAACAGGCGAAAUGGGGAUAUACCUGGAUCGAGAACGCGGGAGUCCUCCCAUGAGGAAUCUUCAACUAGGGUCUUGGAGCCCUGGAUCCAGCGUGUGCGCAUCCGGUCCGUUGCCAUCAACCUUCUUCUUCGGAUGGUCGCCGACAAAACCUACUCCGAUUGGGAUAAUAGAGUCAAGACAUUCAAGAGACCAUUCCGGUGUUUCGUUCGCUUCCAGUCCAGGAUGCAAGAGGGCCUCCAAGCGCUGAAGGAAUACUUGAAGUGUCAUGCUAUUGAAAAUGAGGGAAACGGCGCUUCGACCAAGACCAGCCCCUCAGAAGGAUUGCAAGCCACUGGAAGCGACUCACCGCAGGAUGGCGCCGAGUUCGUCAAAGACCUUGAUACGGAGAGUAUCAGCAUUGCUCACAUCGCUAAACUCCCCGGUGCUGUCGAUCAAAUCGAAUGCUACAUCAAAUUUGUGGAGGGCAGGAUCCUCCCAUUCCACAACGGCUUCGACCAAGCUCGGGUAGCACCAUCAACUCAAGUCCGCUACGAAGAUCUCUGGCAUGUCUUCCGUGUAGGGGAUCUUCUCUACACACCCAAGAAGAACGUUUCACAGUGGCAAAACCACGACAUUGCCACAGCGCAGAGUAUUUGGAGGAUCUUUGAUGUGGUCAUACCUGGCGACAAGCGUCCAGGUCUCAACGCCGGACUGUUUACUAUCGAAUGCUACUAUGUCGACCACGACGGUACGGAAUUCGGGGCUGUCACGACGACGUUUGAUCUCAAGUCAUAUGAUGGUGAGCGGCAUGUGUCCUCAUUGCCGUUCUACCCCCUGCGUUUCGCAUCCAACUCUGCUCAGCUUAUGGAGCAUGCUCUGUCAGCGGGAGAGAGGUUCGUCACAAGCAUCAACAAUCCGAAUCGCUAUGCAUCUUAUAGCGGCUGGACCGUGAUACACAAUCCCUUGGGCACGCCAGCAUUAGAUGAUCUAGGAGAACUUAUAAGAACGCCCGAGCACAUGAGCAGCGAAAUUGUUAUCGACAUUCAAGAGGGUCUCAAUCACUGUCCGCGUUGGAUGCCGAGAAUAAUACAACGGUUUGACCCAAUAUCACCCGUCUGCACCAGUCUUUCGAAAGGGGAUAUGUCUUACAGUACUUGGCACAAUUCGAAACGCUCGAGACGGCUUGCGCAAUUGUUUGAAGAGGUGAUUUCGUCCGACGGAAUUUCAGACGUGGACUACAACGCAUACAUCCAGCGCGACAAGUAUCUUUGUAGGAAAACCGACGAGGCCGACCGAAGACCAGCGCCGGAAGGAGACGAUCUCGCUCUUCUACCGAGGCGAAUCAUUGGAUACGCACUUUGGAAGCGUAAAUUUGUCCUGCUCGAUGUGCACUAUCUGCGACUUGCGCCCGCCAAUGACGAAGACAAUCCUUUUGACAAACUACAGAUCGAGGCGAUACACAAGACCAUGAUCCAAUCUAUAACUUCCUCACAUUUUGUCAGAAAAGAACUAGAGAAGAAAGGCAUCGAUCUUGGCACUCAGGACAUCAUCAAAAACAAAGGCAAGGGUGUUGUGAUUCUGCUACAUGGAGUGCCAGGCGUAGGUAAGACGGCUACAGCGGAAGCUGUCGCCCAGAAAUGGAAACGCCCACUCUUCCCUAUCACCUGCGGCGAUCUUGGUUCUACAGCGGAGAGCGUUGAGAAGUCUCUGAAUGAGAUCUUGCGUCUGGCCCAUCUAUGGGAUUGCGUGCUCCUUUUGGACGAGGCGGAUGUGUUCAUUGCAGAGCGUACAAAGUCAGACCUUCAGAGAAACGCUCUGGUUUCAGUAUUCCUCCGUAUGCUGGAGUACUACAAUGGUAUCCUCUUCCUGACGACCAACCGCCCUGGAGUUAUUGACGAGGCCGUCAAGUCUCGUGUCCACCUCAGCCUACUUUACGACGCGCUUAACCUCGACCAGACGAGAGCCAUAUUCAUGCAGAAUAUUGCCCAGCUUCAGGCCAUCGAGCGGAAACGUGCUGCAGCGCUGAAAGAGGCGGAGAUGGAUAUAUUCGAGAAGGAAAUUUUGUCUUUUGUAGAGGAGCAAUGGAGCUCUCAUACUAGCGACGUGGGGCGCUGGAACGGGCGUCAGAUUCGCAACGCGUUCUCUAUCGCGGCGUCUCUGGCG